CUUUUCCUGCUUUCCGCGGAGCAGGCUGCGAAGCUCGGUGCUUCCCCGCGCGGCUCAGGGGAGUGCAGCUCAGUCGGGCGGGCGGACUCCCGGACCUCGGGUCUCAGCGGUAGCGAGCGAGGACCGCGGCGGCAGCAGGUGGCAGAUGUGUGAUGGAGACUGGGAAAGUGCCCUGUUGUGACACACGGGGAAACACCUAGCCCACCUGGUAACCAUUCUAGUGACGAAGUGACAAGGUGUUGCCAGGGAAAAUCUGGCUGACCUCUGCGUCCACUUAGCUGCACUGCUUCAGAGCUCAGAGGACAGCCUCAACGCCUGGCCGGAGGCUGAGUCCCCCCAGCUUCUGUCAACGUAAUAAGACAUCCAAAUGGAUUCUUCUCAUCCAGAAAAUAAAUUUGCAACAGGGUAUAAUCCACAGUUUCCACCAGCAGCAUUUCAAGGACCUCCUGGGCAAACUGACUACCCUGGUCCCCAGGGUGGCUACCUAGGUCCCCAGGCUGGCUACCCUGGGCCCUAUGUUGCGUAUCCGGGUCCCUACGCUGGAGCUCCAAUCCCACCAGGCAGCUUUGCAGGUCCUGGCCAGCCUGGGUUUCCUGUACAGAAUCAGCCAGGAUAUAAUCAGCCGGGUGCACCUGCAGGGGUGCCAUGGAUGCCAGCACCACCACCUCCAUUGAACUGCCCACCUGGGCUGGAAUACUUAAGUCAGAUAGAUCAGAUUCUGGUUCACCAGCAAAUUGAACUUCUGGAAGUCUUAGUCGGCUUUGAAACUAAUAAUAAAUAUGAAAUUAAGAACAGCCUUGGACAGAGGGUUUACUUUGCAGUGGAAGACAAUGAUUGCUGCACUCGCAACUGCUGUGGACCAGCGAGGCCCUUCACCUUGAAAAUUCUUGAUAAUUUGGGCCGAGAAGUUGUAACUAUGGAGAGGCCACUGAGAUGUAGCAGCUGUUUUUUCCCCUGCUGCCUCCAGGAGAUAGAAAUCCAGGCUCCUCCUGGUGUUCCAAUAGGCUAUGUUAGUCAGAAGUGGCACCCCUGUCUGCCUAAAUUUACUGUUCAAAAUGAGAGGAGAGAGGAUGUACUAAAAAUAAUUGGUCCAUGUAUCGUGUGUAGCUGUUGUUCGGAUAUUGAUUUUGAGGUUAAAUCUCUUGAUGAGCAAUCUGUAGUUGGCAAGAUUUCCAAACAGUGGUCGGGUUUUGUGAGAGAGGCAUUCACGGAUGCUGACAACUUUGGGAUUCAGUUUCCUUUAGACCUGGAUGUGAAAAUGAAAACUGUGAUGCUUGGUGCAUGUUUCCUCAUUGACUUCAUGUUUUUUGAACAUACUGACAACCAGAACCAAAGAUCAGGAGUAUGGUAGUAGAUUCAUGAACGUGUCCUCAGAAAAUCUGAAGUAUGCACAUUGGAUGAGACUAUAAAAAGUAAAUCUUUUCUUCUUGUGUUGGUGUCUGUAUGAUUUAAAGUGUGACGCUGGUAGAUCCAGUUGUAUGAUUUCACUUUCAUGUUAUAGUCUGUUUUCUGUAUCUGUGUCAUAUAAAUAUUAUAUAUUUUUACAUUUUUAGAUAUUCACUGUGAAUCUGAGAUAAGGUGUAUAUGAGAUUUUAUAUUUAGAAAGGAAAAUUUCCAGGGGCUGGGGAUUUAGCCCAGUGGCAUAAGCGUCUGCCUUGCAAGAGGGCAGUGAUGAGUUCGAUCCCCAGUACCAAUAAAAAGGAAAAAGAAAAAAGAAAAAAAAAAAAAAGAAAGGAAAAUUUCCUAUAAAAAUUGUUUGUAUUUAAUCAGUGUGCUAUUUUCUAUUUCAUACCACAACCAAAGCUUUAUUAAACUUUAAUAAACAACUAAAUGACUGAAUUUCUUUUGAUAAAGUUUAUUUCAUAUUAAAAACAAAAUGCUAUUUUAAAAAAUACUAUCUAUUCAGAAGCUUUCACAAAACCAGUUUCUAUUUCCUUUGCUAUUAUUGUCUAAUAUUACUGAAUAUGGAUAUUAUUAAGGAAAAGUAAAAGGUAUUUACCUCUUUAAGAAAUCAUAGUGCAUUUAAAUAUUUCUGUUAACUAAUCUACAACUCAAAGUAAUUUUCAUAAAAAACAAUAAAUAUCCUAUUUUAAAUGUUUUCAGUGAACAAAGGUAUGAUUUAUUGCUAAGAAAACACUAAAAAGACUCACUUUCUCUUCAACUAGGGAGAUCUUUUUCAAAUGGAUGGGGGAGGCGGUUUAUUGAGAGAAUGGAGGGAAAGGGAUGGGAAAAAAAUUGAAAGGGGAAAAUCGUGAUGAAAAUAGAGCUUUUGCAAAUGGGUAUGGAACCAAGAGUUGGAGGGAGCCAAAGGGAGGAGAGGAGUAGAAAAUUUUAAAAAAGAAAGAUGUAUACAUGUACCAACUCUUCAUGACAAAUGUAAUCAUUAUGUACUGCACACAUGUACUAAUAAAUAAAUGUUAUAAAGACUCA